AUGGGUCUUCAUCUACGGAUGGUAACGAAGAUGAUGGUCAUUUUGUCUGAAGUAAUUUUCUUGCUUAGAGUUAGUGAUGCAACACAGAAUGCUAGCUUUGAUGAAAAUUAUAAGAUAAUUUGGGGAAAUCAGCAUGUUCAACUUCUUAAUCAAGGGCGAGAGGUUCAGUUGUCAUUGGAUAAAUCCUCAGGUGCUGGAUUUGGGUCAAAAUUAUAUUUUGGAUCGGGAUGCUUUCAAAUGAAGAUUAAGCUACCGACUAAAGAUUCCGGUGGUAUUGUUACUGCUUUUUAUUUAUUUCUAAAUAAAUCUGUUCACGAAGAAAUGGACUUUGAGUUCUUGGGAAAUCGGCCGGGCAAACCAGUCAUUUUACAAACGAACGUAUUUACAAAUGGUCUCGGUGGUAGAGAGCAAAAAUUCAGUCUUUGGUUCGAUCCUGGUGCGGAUUUCCAUUACUACAAAUUGUUAUGGAACGACCAUCAAGUUGUGUUCUUUGUAGAUGACACACCAAUAAGAGUAUAUAAGAACAACAUAAUUAGAGGUGUUGGGUACCCUAAUCAUACAUUGCAAGUGAUUACGAGCUUCUGGGAUGGAUCAAGUUGGGCUACUGAUGGUGGAAAAACAAAGGUCAAUUAUUCAAAUGCACCAUUCCACGUCAAUUUCCAAGAUUUUAACAUUGAUGGGUGCAUCUCGAUGCCUAAUAGUCCUAAUAAGGAUUGUGCUUCUCAAAAGUAUUGGUGGAACAAUAAAAAAUAUUGGCAAUUGAACCCCCAACAACUGAAAUCAUUAGAAGAUGUAAGGAAAAAGUAUAUGAAAUAUGACUAUUGUACUGAUAAGAGUAGGUAUCCUACCCCUCGUCCAGAGUGUAGUGAAAAAUGA